AUGGUUAUCUUCAAUCAGCAAUGGGGAAAAAAAAGUGUUCCCAAGUCAAUGGCGUAUAGAGGGCGUGGACGUGGUGUGGAUUUGGAGGAGGUGGCGGCGGUUUUGGCUAUGCCAUUCAAGUUCCCUUUGAGGUUUUUCCUUGAGGUCUUGCAUUUUAGUAAUGGCCAACUUUUGAGUAAUAGGUUUUUGCAGGAUGUUGAUUUGCCUAAUGUCAAAGGUAUAUUUGAUCCAGAGAAGAAGGUAAACAAGGGUCUGAGUGAGGAAGAAAACUUAGUCAAUCAAAGUCUCAAGUUUCAAAAAAUUUGGAAAGGCUCUCUUUUCUAUCUUGAGCAGACCACUUCAAAGGAGAGGCAAAACACAGAAGUAGAAAGAUAUUCUGACAGGUUGAAGCCAAAAACCACCAUAAGAAGCGGUGCUCUUUUUGUUAUAUUGGAGCUCAAGGGAUUUCCCCAAGAACUGACUGGAGGUUCAAGGGCACAGCAACCAGGCCGAAAGAGAGUUCGAUGGAAUCCGGACUCAGAGCUGCAGAAGUUAGAUUUAUUUGAAAAGCUUGAACAGCGUCAGUGUAAUAAUGAUGGAAAAGAAAAGAAAGAAGGUGAAGAGGAGGAGGAGGCAGAAGAAGACUUCAGUGAUGAUGAUUAUCAGAAGAACCAAGAUUUCGAUGACGACGAUGAUGAUUUUAAUAUGGAAGAUGAUGGUGAUGGUAGGAACCUUUCUUUGAUACACUACAUUUUUCUCAUGAACCUCUUUUGUAGUGAGACGGUGUUGCAUAUGAGGCUGCUUCAAACAUACACAAACCUCCCUCAUUUCUCUUCCACCAAAUGGAGUAUCCAGCUAUUGUUUGUUUUCUUGUAG